AUGACACCAUCACGCGGUGUUCUCUUGUAUGGACCACCUGGUUGCGGUAAAACAUUAUUAGCAAUAGCUAUUGCUAAUGAAGGUCGAACAAAUUUUAUUUCAAUCAAAUGCCCGGAUGUGCUAAAUAUGCAGUCUGGUGGAUCUGAAGAUCAUGUUUGGGAUGUAUUUGAUAAAGCUCGUCAAGCAGCACCAUGUGUCCUUUUCUUCAAUGAAUUAGAUUCGAUUGGCAAAGCUCGUGGUGGUCCAGCUGAUCGUAUUAUGAAUCACAUUUUAACUGAAAUGAAUCGUAUGGAUCCAAAGGAAAAUGUUUUUAUUAUUGGUGCAACCAGUCGACCAAAUAUUAUCAAUUCAGCUGUUCUUGAACCAGGUCGUCUUGAUCAACUGAUUUAUAUUCGAUUGCCUGGCAAGGAAUUAUGA